UUCCCCUUGACUUCAGCAUGAUGUCAGUCAAUGGCACAAACCAGAAUGCUGAUGAAAGCAGAAGAAAAAGAUUCCGGCUGUUCAGGGUUUGUUAUGGAUCUGCCUGUUACUAAUGUUGUUUUCUUUGGUCUGUAGAGAGACUUUGUAUAAAUACUCGGAACACCCUGACCUUUGAGGCUGCUCCGGUUUCCAUUAUUCACAAGACCACGAAUAAGACAGACCAAACAGCAAGACUUGCUCCAUAUACCACAACUCCAUACCUACACUCAACACGUUUGCAAAGAUGGUUGACUUCAAAGUAUUCAAGGGCUCCAAGGGGAGCAAGAUCGUGGAAGGAACGUCGCAUAGGGAAGUCGGUCCCAAAGAAGUCCUGGUCAAGGUCACGCACAGCGGCCUCUGCGGUACCGACAUUCAUUAUAAGGGCGCCGAUAUGGUUCUGGGCCACGAAGGCGUUGGCAUCGUCGAGGAAGUCGGCAGCAAUGUAACCAUGUUCAAGAAGGGCGAUCGAGCAGGCUGGGGUUACGAGCACGACGCUUGCGGUCACUGCAAGCAAUGCCUUCGCGGCACCGAGACCUUGUGCCCACAGCGCAAAAUGUACGGCGACGCCGAUCUGGACCAAGGUUCCAUGGGAGCGUACGCGGUGUGGAAGGAAGACUUUCUAUUCCAGGUCCCCGAAGGCAUGAAGUCGGAAGAUGCCGCCCCAUUGAUGUGCGGAGGAGCCACGGUGUUCAACUCAAUGCAGCAGUACAAUAUCAGAAGCACCGACCGUGUGGGCAUUAUCGGGGUUGGCGGUCUCGGACACCUUGCUAUUCAAUUUGCUUCGCGCAUGGGUUGUCAGGUCGUGGUGUUUUCGGGCACGGAAAGCAAGAAGGACGAGGCCAUGAAGCUGGGCGCCACCGAGUUCUAUGCCACCAAGGGUGUCAGCGAACUUGAGGUCCCGGAGCCUAUCGACCACUUGCUGGUUACUACUGCACAACAACCGGACUGGAACAUGUAUCUCCGCAUCAUGGCGGCUGGGGGCACCAUUUUCCCUCUGACUGUCAGCAUGGAGGAUCUAAAGAUGCCUUACAUGCCUAUCAUUCUGAAGGAACUGAAAGUGCAGGGUAGCUUGGUGGCGGCCAGACAGAUUCACAGGGAGAUGUUGGAGUUUGCGGCCAAGCAUGAUAUUAGGCCCAUCAUCCAGACGUUCCCUAUGACUUUGGACGGAAUCAACAAGGCCUUUGAAACGCUAGAGAACGGACAGAUGAGAUAUCGUGGUGUGUUGGUCGCAUAAUCAUGGGGUUUGCAGCGAGAUCUUGUAAAAGUACUUUGAGCGCAGUCAUUUUUACCUGGGAGGGAAUACUCAUGCUAGACUUCUGAAGACAUAUAAUACCUGAUUUUAUCGGUUCA